AUGUCCCUCACAAACGAAGAGUUACUGGGAUUGCACCACCAGGACGAGCCCGAGCUGCCGAAAAAACGGCGCACGGUGCACAAGCUGACCGACGAGCUGCUUCUGGGGCCGCGCGGCCUGCCUGCGCUGCACAGAUCGCUCAAAAAGUACAGGUUCCACCACAAACGCGCCGCAGACAGACGACGCGACGAGUACACGAGAUCGCACCAUUUCGACAACCUCACGCGUCUGCUGCACAUCUACCAGUCCUGGGGCCACGACAUCUACCCGCAGUACAAGUUCAGGGACUUCAUCCCGGUGCUGAGCCGCGCCAUGGGCAGCACGGAGGUGCGCAACUACAAGCGGCAGCUGAUGAGGGGGGAGACGGGGCACGCCCAGCAGGAGCAGAAUCAGGAUCGGGAUCAGGAUCAGGAGCCGGAGCAGGAUCCUCUGCCCGGCGGCGAGCUGUUUGUGUCGGACGACGAGCUGUACACGCCGAUCGGGCAGGCUGGGGGGCAGUUGCCCGGCCACGCCGGCGAGCACAGCGGCCCGUCCGCGGAGGAGCUGGAGCUGGCGCGCGAGUUUGGGUUCUAG